AGCCACGGCCGCAGCGCGCAGCUGGCAGGGGCUCCCGCCUGGCCACGCAGUCGUCUCCCCGGGGGGGCCUCCUGGGGCUUCACGGCGCUCUCCUUACCAGCCUGGCCCCCCCGCAAGCGCCACUGUGGCCUGGGCUGUAGCAGCGGCUAUUAGCUGUGCCCGGGACGGAGGGACUCCUGCCCCGUCACGUGCGCCUAAGUCCUCCGCCAGCCGGGGCAGCGUGGUUCCCAUGGUUCAAGGCUGUUGAUGGAGAAGUGGGCGGAUGACAGCCGGGACCGUGGUCAUCACUGGGGGCAUCUUGGCGACUGUGAUUCUGCUCUGCAUCAUUGCAGUUCUGUGCUACUGUCGGCUCCAGUACUACUGCUGCAAGAAAGACGAGUCCGAGGAAGACGAGGAGGAACCUGAUUUCGCCGUCCACUCGCAUCUGCCCCCCUUGCAUUCCAACCGCAACCUCGUUCUCACCAACGGGCCGGCGCUCUACCCAGCCGCCGCCACUUCCUUCAGCCAGAAGUCCCCCCAGGCCCGUGCCCUCUGCCGCAGCUGCUCCCACUACGAGCCCCCCACCUUCUUCCUGCAGGAGCCGGAGGACGACGACAUUGAGGGCGUGCGCAACGGUGGGGGACGCGUGGCCUACAAGAGCAUCAGCCAGGAGGACGUGGAGCUGCCCCCCGGGGCCUUCGGGGGCCUGCAGGCCCUCAACCCCAACCGCCUGUCUGCCAUGCGCGAGGCCUUCUCCAGGAGCCGCAGCGUCAGCACUGAUGUGUGACGAGCCCCGGGAGGCCCUCCAGACCAUGGCAGGGUCCCCAUGGCGCACCCUGACCCCACACCCAAACCCAGGCUCCACCAAGCCUUCAUUACAUCUCUGUCUUGGGGGGCCCGGGUGUGGGGAGCCCCUGGACCCUCUGCAAGGGUAAGAGCCAGUGAGCACAGGAGGCUACAGUAGGGUGGGACAGCAUGAAGGCAGAGGGGUGGGCCUGAUGAGGGGGCUGGCGAGAUUGGUAAAAUAAGGCAGGACUGUGCUGGGCCACAGGGACCAGGUCUUAUGUCCAGGAAGUGCGAAGACGGCCUCUGACAACCCCAGUAACUUGGCUGUCUCGGGAUUCAUGGCCUCAGCCUGUCACUGUUUCCCCAGGCCUUGGGCUUCCCACCUGUUUGAGGGAGAGGUGGCUCCCAUGGGACCAGGGCCCUGGAAGACGACGAGCCAAGUAUUCUGCCCUUCUUCCCUGAGCUGGGCCUCCUUUCCCUCCUCUGCUUCUCCAAGCCUUCAUUCUCCCAGCCUCCCAUUCCCCAUUCCCCUUCCUUAGCUCUCUGGCCUAACCCUCUCUGAUCCUCCUGCCAACCCGCCCCGUCAGCCCAUCUCAGUCAGACUCCUGGCCCCAGGUGCCAAGCAUCUGUGCAGGCCUGAGUUGCCCAUUGCUCUGAGCUUCCUGCAAAUGGACACAUCUCCUCCUGGAGAGCAGAGGUCAGGUGGAGGCAGCAUUGUUAGGAUGUUUGCCCCCCCCCCCAACCCCAGCUGCCUUUGUCUGCCCUUUGCUGAGAGAGGGAGGCGCUAGGACAUGUAUGGGGUGGGGGGGGGGGACCUUGUUUAGAGGGCUGAUGCUGGAAGACACAUCCAGAGAGGCUGCCGAGGCACCAGAGGGUCCAGGGCUAUGGCUCAGGGGUUCCUGGGCCCUGGACGAGCCAUGAGUCUUGGCUAGGCUUUCUCAUUCCGGGGCCUGUAUCCCCAUCCAUGCGGUAAAGGAAUGGCUGCAGGAAGACCUUGAGCUUUGGUUCUCAGUGGGAAACUGAGGUCUCAGGAGAGACCGAGCUGUGGGUCACUCCCUUCCACCUGCUUCUUGCUGGGAGCGAGGCCCUGGCCCCGGCUGCUGUUCAACACCCUGAGGGGCCCAGGCGGCCAGAGCUUGUUCCCACUGUGCGGAGGCCUCAUCUAUGCCCGUGGUAUGCCACAUCCUCUGCCAGUUGAGGAAAUAAUGCCCAGUGGCCACUCCAGAGAGAUGCCCCAAGCCGCCGGGAGGGUAGCAGAAGCAGCUUCUAGUCUGUGAGACCCCAACAGCUUCUUCCCCGCAGGGGGUCUUGCUCCAAGGCCCUGCCAUGGAGCCCCAGGGAGGAGCCAUCCUAUAGGACAAGAGCAGUGUCCUAGCCACCCCCCCCCCCAAUGGAUAGCCUCAAUAGGACACUCCAGGCUGUUAAUGGAAAAUGCCAAGACGUUACCACAGGCAGCUAAAUGGGGCUGGUAGGCCUUGUCUUUGACAUUUUUCCUUUUCUCUCUCUCUUUUCUUCCUUUCUCCUCCUACUUAACGGAAUCCAGCCUCAGAAUUGCAGAAGCUCUGGCCCACCCCUUUCCCUGUCUUCCUUUGGGCCAUCCCAUCCCCUAGAGUCUGUCCCUCGCAUCUGCUUGGGGGGUGGGGUGGGGUGAGGGCAGGAGGGGCGCUUUGGGCUGCUCUGUCUCGUCUUCCAGCCUCCUUUCUGCCCGCCGCCCUCUUUGUAUAGAUUCCUAGACCUCUUUGAAAUGAAUAAAGCAUCCGUCCCUCUCAGUUCAUUCAGUGCCACCAUGGGAUGUGCUAGGGAGCCGUCUGGCACCUUAAGAAAAACAAAAGCCAAUAAAAUUGUCUCCUACACCA